AUGGCUGACAAAUUGAAAAAAUAUACCUUUCAAAGGAGAAUGGCAAUGAACGAUUUAGAAACGUUAUUGCGUUUAUCCCAUUCUUCUCUUACAGAGGUUCAUAAGCAGUCGCUUUUUCGUGUUCGGUACUCAGAGUUAGACGAUGUUUUGGAGAGUUUUAAUAAAAAUCAUCAAAACAUCGUUACAAAUCUUUUGAACUCUGAACCUACGGAUGCUCAAUUAGAUUCUGAGGACAUUAUUCGUUCCCAAUUUUUAAAUGAUUAUUAUCAGAUCAAGGCUAAUUUCGCGGAUCUCUUUGAAAAUGAUGAUAAUAGUCAAAAAAAUGAGCAAAAUAUCGCCGCUUCGAAUGCAGUACAACCUCCUAGUAAUGUUCGCUUGCCGCAGUUAGAAUUAGUUAAAUUUUCCGGUGAGUUUACGUCAGCAAUUACUUUUUUUGACUUGUUCGAUGCGCUUGUGCACCGUAGACCUAACGUUGAUGAUACGGAAAAAUUAACGUAUUUGAUUCAAAGUUUAGAAGGGCCUCCUUUAAGGUUAGCUAAAUCCUUGCCUUUAGCUAGAGAAAAUUAUGUUAGGAUUUAUGAUAAAUUAAAAAAUAGGUAUUUAAAUAAACGUUUGCGUGCAAUGGCACAUUGGUGCAAAAUUGAAGAAGCUCCCGCAACUAUGUUUAAGAAUUCUGAUAGUUAUAGUAAUUUAAUUGAUACCUUUUCGGAAAAUUUAUCAGCCUUAGAAAAUUUGGGUUAUAAAAUUUCGGAUUUUGUGUUAGCUUACAAAAUUCUCACCAAGCUUGACGUGGAGACUCACCAACGUUUUGAAUUAUUACAUGGGUCUAGUGAAAUGCCUACUUUUAUUCAAUUAUCUGAUUUCCUAGAAAGUCAAUGCAUUUCGUUUGACUCAUCUUUGUUGUCGCCUUGUUCUCCCAAGGAUUCUAAUAGAAAAAAUAAAUCGCCUUCUAAACACAAUGCAAAUAAAAAUGGUUCUAAAGUCAAUAAUCGCUAUAGUUUUUUUUUCGAAGCCUAA